AGCAAUGAAUAAAAUACAAAGUGUUAGUGGAGCACCUGCUCCACAUAAUGACAAAAGCAAAGACUGGCAGCUAGAAAUAUUAAUGGAAAAGCUAAGAUCCAAAGCUUCGCAAUUUAAAACUCUGGCCGAAAUUUCGAAAAACGUUCGAAUGACUUUACUUGAAAAAAGGUAUGCUUCUGAUAGUGUUGAAAAAAGCCAACAUCAGAAGUGUUUGGACACUUUACAACACUCUAUCAAAGUCACUUCUUUGCAAAGUAUGGUAGAGAGAUUAGAAAGUUUAACUAGACAAUUAGGAUUAAAAUUUGUCGUUGAACCUUCUGGUGUAUUUAUAUCCUCAGAUAUGUUUUACCUGGAGAUAGUAUUAAAUCCUGCAGGUAUAGUAGAAGACGUAAAGAUACAUCAUGAAGGUAAAAAAGAGCAACAAAGUUGCACCGAACUUGUCAAUUGCCUUUCGAAAGGAGAUUUCUCCGAUUUUACAGCCCAAUUGGAAGGCUUCACGUCCAUAUACCAACUGAACGCUGAAAAAAAGAUUAAAUGUAAAGCGUUUACAGCUCUAGAAUCUUUGGAAGCGGAUCUCAUCACUUUGGCUCAACUACAAAUGUUUAUGAAAGAACCCUUUAAUCUUAUACACAAAUCUCCUGUGGGUAUUUUGGAAAAAAGGAAAGGGGGCCAUCCAAUGAAAUUAACGUAUUUUGUAUCUCCGUACGAUCUGUUAAAUGUGGAGAAAAACGAAAUUGAACCAAUUAAUAUAGACACCAUUGCUAGUAAGAGUUUAGGAUAUAGUGUUACUGUAUGUAUGGAAGGUUCUGCAGCUCAUAAACUGCAGACGACUACUUUGAUCACUGUAAAUAGGGGGCUUAAUGGAAAAAGCACACCUUCAUACACGCCAUUAAACAAUCAAAAUAGUGCUGUAAUUCCAGCUUGUUUCUUGUUAAAACUGAACAAACCGCUGCCACUUUGUCUGUCGUUGGUUAGACAAAUUCAACAGAUAUAUCCAUGGACGGAAAUAGAUAGUGCACCCGUACAACCAUUGUUGAACCUUAUUGUCACUCAUUGCAGUGAUGAAAAAAUGAGUUCUAGUAAUAAUAAAGGAUUGUUUGUUACACUUCCGGACCAAAACCAUUGUUAUUUCAUGACCGAAAAUAAGAAUAUGGAUGGAGUAUUAGUAACGAGUAUACCUUUUACUCACCCUGCUCAUGUCGCUAGUAUUCUUAUGAUCCUUAGAGAGCAAGCCUUGUUUAAUACGAUUAUUGCAAGUUGUGUUAGACCAAACAGCAAGCAAGAUUUCGAAAACAUGACCAUAUUUGAAGUAAGUGCUCUCUCUUCAACUCACAUCUCCAUAUCGUUAGAACACCCUGUAGAGGAAAGUAUGGCAACAGCCGAAAUCGACUUAUCAGAUAUAUCUAAUUUAAUUUGUCGCAUUCACAAUCCCGGAACCCCUCCUCCGGUUAACACCUCCGACGUAGCCACGGAACUUAGUUCGAAAAUACUAAACAAAUCAUUUUCGAUACCCGUUACUCUGCGUUCCGUUAUUAAAUUGUGGGAGAAUCAAUCGAUGAGGAGAAAUCAUUAUGGAGGGCAUGAAAAUUUUAACUUGCCCCUCGGAUCCGGCGACCCUGGGGGAUCUAAAGAUUCCACGACAACUAACUUGGUGGAAUUCGGGGGAUUGAAUGACAAAAUUAAACAAGAACCGUCCGGGAAUUCGAAUCAUAAUAUGAUGAUGCAAGCCAGUCAGGACAUUUUUUUAAAUCAAUCCAUGAUGGCGACAAAUUUUCAAAACUUCCCACCUUCCGAUGGGGUACUGACGACUUUGGAACUCACUAACAUACUAUCUGAUAAUAUGGAUAAGAGUUCAAAGCGCCAAAAGCGUAGGCACGAAGACAGCAGCAAAAGUGGCAAACGGAAGGUGGGAACAGAAGACUCGGAUCUAAUUGAGUCAUCCAGUUGUGACUCGACAUCAAGAAGUACUCCAUUGUCACAAGAAACAGAAAUCAGAACUCCAAACUCGUUAUUGGGGUUUCAAACGGAUCUUGAACUCUCGGUAUCUGGCAUAGAUCCAAUAGAACUCUUGGGAUCCAAUGAUAAAGCAGAAGAGGAGUUCGAUCAUUUAGAGAGCAUGGAAAUGGACGUGAUAUCUCCAAAAGAUUUCAAGAAAGAAAUAAAAGAUAAAUCGCCGAAUAGGAGCGAGCCAGAGGAAAAACUGACGAGUUUAAGUAUCACACCGGUUCCUGUGUCGAGCAGUUCAAGCAGUUCUAAAGAUAAGCGUUCAUCUGAAACGCCGCCAAUUUUAAAUUCUCUAACCAUCACUCCUAUUCCCAAUCAACACAGAAGCUUAGAAGAGAAGUCGAGAGACAGGAAGAGUAAAUCUUCUAAAGACGAAAAAAGCAAACUAGAUAAGAAACGGAAAAGAAAACGAGAUGAAAGCCCGAUGGGACCGCCAGAAAAAGUUCCUCACAAGCAGGAUUUUCUUCCGAAGCCUAAUGUUAGCUCUUUAAAAUCAACGGAAUCGCCGCCAUUGACCUCUUCUACUCCAUCUUCUCCUAGUACUGUAAGAAAAUUUAGCCAUUCUCCCACUCAAAAUCGACCUGCGUCUCUUAGCGGAAAACUCAGUCCGAACAUGAUGAAAUCCGGUCUCAAAUCCAGUUCUUCUCAUCACAGUCCGAAGAACUCUCCUGCACACAUCUCUAGCAGCCCCAAGCAAGGGAUAUCUGAACUUUCUAGUCCCAAACAUCACGGUACUUCCCCCAAACACCCUUCGGCCAGCUCGGGGAAACCCAGUAUGUCAACUUUAAAAAACGCCGCCAAUUCGCCGUCCAGCAAGAGCGGCGGCGACAGCAAGAGCAAAUCCAGUCUAAAAGAGAGUUCCAGAGAUAAGGAAAAGAAGGUAUCCAGUAGUUUGAAUGUGACUAGUACGAAAAAUAAGAGUUCGUCGUCUAACAAAGUGAAAUCGCUGGAUUUAAGCGGCGGCGAUGCGACUUCAGACGGUUUGCCGUCGCCCAGCGGUGCCGGCGACGUGAAGACGAACUCGUCUCAAUUGAGAACCAAUCGAAAAGGUUCUCUGUCCGCGAUCGUCGAUAAGCUGAAAGUAAACGCUCAACAUUGUGAUAUUCCGUCAAGUGGUAACAAAGAUAGGACUAGCAGCAGCAGUGUCAGUAAGUUGAACGAAUCGAGCAAAACUGGCACUAAGCUGGGAGACGCGAAAAAUUCCGAGUACAUGGUGAAGCCUAGUUCAGACGGGAUGAAAAUUACUAUCAACAAAACUAGAACUAAAGAUAAUUCUUCUUCGAGUAAGCCAUCCUCGUCAUCAAGUUCUACAGUGACCAACAAAGUUAGUGGAACAAAUUCUCCCAAAACUCACACCGGUUUGAAACCGGGAGUCAACAGCGGUCCCGCGUCAAAGAAACCCCAACAAAUUCAAAAAUCCACCAAUUCCGUUCUACCAAACUCAACCACUUCCAGCAGUAACAGCGGCGGCGGCAGCAGUAGUACAAAAAGUUUCGCUCCAAGCAACAAAUCGGCCUCAUCCAGUUAUUCUAAAGUUUCUAGUUCGUCGAACAGUAGCAGUAGUAGUACAAAUUUAUCUAAAUCAAGUUCUAAAGUAACCGGUUCGCCUAAAAUGAACUCGUCUAGUACGGAUUCAAAUCGGUCUAAGGAUAAAACGAAAUCCAAUAAAACUAAUCCAGAAAAGUCGCUCUUGUCCGCGUUGAAGGAAAGCAGAAAAUCGAGUCCGACGCAAAGCAGGGAGGAAGUCGAUAACGUGUAUAAAAUGACCCAGUCCAGCCUCAUGGACGGACGGAUCAAAACUUUAGAUAAAAACUUCCAAAUACCGAAACUCUCUGCAAGAAUUUCAGAUGAUAAAAAAGUGAUAAGGAACGAUAGUUCGAACAUGAAUAGAAAUAAAGUCGAAUCGAAACUAUACAAUAUGAUGAAGAACGAUUCUAGUAAAUAUCCAGUGAAUAAUCAAAUGUUCGAUAAUUCAAUGGAGACGAAAAUUAGGAAUAAUAUGAAUAAUCUUCCUAUCGGAGUUGGUGCUAAUGAUGAUGAAAGUAGCAAAAAAGAUGUUCAUCAGAACCUAUCGAGCAUGCAAGGCAAAGACGAUUCCAACAAAAUUGACUCCAUAUCGUCGUCGAAGCUAUACGGCUCGCCGAUGUUAGAGCCUCUCAGCUUUUCAACGAAAUCCGUGGAUUUCCCCGCGUCGAAAUUCAUCGCGCCUGCGCCUAGAGACGAACGCAAGGACUCUCGCAAGAACGACGAAGUAUUGGAUUUCAGUUCGAAGUCGCAGGCUCUACCUCAGUCGCCCUCCGUCAGUGUUCACAUAGUUAAAUCGCCAGCGCCGAGUCCAAUGAUCAAUCCCAGUCCGCAUUCCGCAUCGCCCGGUAUUACAGACGACGAACUUAUGGACGAGGCGUUGGUGGGGAUGGGGAAAUAGUCGUUUAAGAAAAAUUAUUUAUUUGGAAAAUUAUUUUUUAAUCAUAAAAGUUGUAUGUUUGGUCUGGACGAGAUGUAUGUGAGGUGAUAUUCAUAAAUUGGUGUUGUUAAUGCGGGCUAAGAGAUGUUGUUUUGCCACUAGAGUGCGACACUAAAAGACUAGAGGUCACCAUUCGAACGAAAGUGCAGAUAAUAUGUAGAGUUGCAACUCAUUUUGAAAAGUCAUAUUAAAUCAAAAAUCGACGUGUUCAUGAAGAAAAAUACAAUACAUCUGAAAAUCUAAUUCAUGAUUAAUGGUAGACAGGUAGAGUAAACGUGUUACUUCAAAGAUACCUUUACACAUUUCCUACUUGAUAAAAAAUUUGAGGAGCUGUCUUAUAUCAUCCAGUUUGUAGAGUCCCAAAUACCUGAUUUUGUCAGUGGGGUUUAGUUCGAGAUAAUAGGGCAAUCUUAAUAAUGGAUGGACUUUUGAAGUCAUUGUUUCAUAAAUUGAGAUUUAUAUGCUUUAAUAAUUAUAUAAAAUUGUGCCUUAGUCAUAGUAGAUUCAUAUUUUUGUUUUUAAUCUAAUAGAUCUAUCCCUUUUUUGAUGAUAUCUAUUACCAUGCACAAAUCCUACUAUUAAAAUCAACAAACUUUGUUGUCUACUAUCCUGAGUGUCAAUUAAACAUCCGCAAAUAUUAUUGGUUUUUGUGUUUGAUAGUAAUUGUUUGUGUUUCUAAUUUAAUUUGUUUUUUUAUGGAAAUGUGUCAAAAAAUAGACAUGCCAAGAUUCGGUGACAGUUGUUUAAAGCAACUAUGGCAGUGGGUAAUAGUAGCCAAUCGAACAGUUGUAGUUAGGGUGAAGAUAAGAGAGGGACCCUUUCUCUAUAUGCAUGAACUAUAACUACUAUAAAUUUAAAUUUUGAAUGAAUUUGCAAUCUGUUUCAUGAGUUUACGUAAUAUUCAUGUCUUCUUCAUAAAAUAUUUUCAUUUUUUUUUUUGUAAGAAUUCUAUGAAAAGUUAAUUCCUGCAACUACCGCUGAUGUUUCCUUUGUAUUUCAUUAAGUUUCGAUUUCCGAAAAUAACUAACAACCAACUCGAAAACAAAAUAAUAUACAUGACAAUAACCUCACUAAAAACCCUAAGCAACAAAAUACUGUUAUAUAAACAAAUCCUCAGACCUCUACUAACAUACCGAUGCCCAGUCUAUUGUUCAAUGGCUCAAACACACUAUGAUAAACUUCAAAGAACCCAACACGGGUGUCUGAGGAUGAUCCUGGGGCACUUCAGAUCAGCAGAAAAUGCCUACAAAUACAGUCAGACUUGAGGCAUUGAUGGGCAAACAAACAUGCCUCUUAUAAAGGGUUACAUCCUGGAACUAUCUGAGAAGUUUUACAAGCAUUGUCUCCCUGAGCCUCUAAGGGAGACAUUUUUAACAUCAGACUGAUUGUCUGCACAAAAAUCUUUCAGUCUACAGAUGACAAAUCUCAGCAACACACCCCAUGAUAGUAGAGUUUACUGAAAUUUGAAAUGCCAGUUUACGACGAGUAGUGGUGGAUUUGAAAGGGUCAAUGAUGUAUAGAUUGAUCAUCCAUAAAAUAAACAUAAGCUCAUGCAUUGAAGUAAAAAUGUAAAUAAUUAUUUUUUUACUAUAUUGAAAGACUGAAAAUUGUUUUCAUAACACAUUAAUGAGGACUUGCGAGGCAAUAUGGCCGCGCGAAAAGCGACCCGCCUUGAGCCAUCUAUAUAUAUCAUUGACACUUUCAAAGCCAAUAGGCCCACAGGGUUGCCAUGACAGGUCAUUGGAAUGCCUAAUUAUCGGACGGGAGCCUACACGAUAACGUCACUUGCCGAUGCAGAGAUCGAGGCCUCAUAAGGAUCCCAGGUUUUCAGGGAGGACAAUGAUAAUUAAAAUCAGACAAAACUAUAAACAAAGUUCCAUUGCCGACUAAUUAUAAUAAUUGCAUAAAGUCGCGAGAUUAGGAGGUAAAGAAUUAACAAAUAAAGUUAAAUUGGCAGAGGAUAAUAUAACGGCUAAUACAUCAGCCACGGCCUUUUCAUUAGAGGUCGACAUAGAUGAGGAGCAGAACGGUGACGACGCUGUGCUUAAAUUUGUAAAUGAAGGUUAUUUUAUGUCAAUGAAAUGUAAAUUAGUGUGGAAAAUAAAGAUUUUUUUAAAACAGAAAUACAACGGAGAUCGAGGCCUGUCACGAUCUAGACCUGUGAACUGUCAACAAAUUCACACAAACCAAAUAAUGGAACCAGCACAUUUAAUGCCGAUUUAUAAACUUGCAAUUUCCCUCGUCAUUACCGUUUACGUUCCCGUUUCUGUUUAACGUUGCAGUCGCCAUUGAUAUUCUUAAUUUAUAAGGCUGACGUUGGGCGCCGUUGAAAAUGAGAAGAAUCUGACAUUCACCCAGAUUUUCAUUGAGUGCCUUUUUUAAAUUAAGUUUAGAUACCUAUUUUGUGUUCGAUUACUUUACAUAAAGUUAAGUAAAGACAUUUCAGCGUUUUAAGGUAUGUCCCAUUAACCAAACAAGGAAAUCAUUAGGAAAUUUCCAAUAUUAUCCAGGCUUUUGAUUGGUUAGUAUGGGAACGACACGAACGGUGAACUGCACAACUUGAAACUUAGUCAUGUUUCAACGUCAGGGAAUUUCAUGUGCAACAGCGGACAGUGAUAUUUAAGUGCGCAAAUGUGAAAGUAGAUUUUUAACUUUCAAUGCGAACUGCAAGUUUAUAAAUCGGCCUUUAAGGACAACCCUGUUUGUUUGUUACUGAUUUUCAGUGAAGACAAAGACAAUUAGCAUCCACAUAACUCCUUACUGCCCCUGCAUACCCUCUUAAAACGGCCAAAUAAUGCCUUUAUGGCAAGGGGCUGGCACCACUUCAAACCUGGAAACAACUUGGGAAUAUAUUCAGCAUAGACAGCAUAAUCUAAUGCAUUGUUUUUUAAUUUGAUUUAUAUUGGAAUCGAGUGAAGUGAAAUGCAAUUUAUCUAUUGCAGCACCUACUUGUGUUGGAAUAAAAGAUUAAUGAAUUAGAGAAUUUAUUACUAGUGGAAUAAGAAUUGAAGAAUAAAUAAACAAAAAAAAAGAGAUAAUGGUAAGAAUAAGAAGUUGAAAUCAUAACAGUAUAUCCUUAAAGACUUUUUAAUGAAUGAAUGUGCUAAACGUCCACCAUUUAGUUAUUUGGAUUGCCUAAUUAUUCGUUCGGGGUUUUCCAUCUCUCUAGCUACAAGUGUACCUUACAAGUAAUGCAUUCACUCUGUUAUUUUCUGUCUUGUUUGCUUAUACAUUAUAAACAGCUACUUGUUUUCUCUUUCACUGUCGAUUAAAAUAACUUAAAGCGGCAAAUUCGAUUCCAACGCUUUUUAAAAGCUUAUUCAACAGACCUCACGUUAUAGUAUCGUUAUCUUGCGCCCCCAUUGACAGAUGCAUAUUUAUUCACAAACGUACAGUUUUAUAAACAGUGAUAUUGAUAGUGACCAAAGGUACAACUUAAAUCUUCGCAAAUAAUAAAAUGAAUACAAUCUUCCAAACAGUUAAAUCAAAAUUAAAAAAUAAAACACAACAGCAACGUAAACCUAUAAUUUAGUUAAGCAAAGAAUACUUAAUUUCUGUAUAAAAUUUAGUUCGCUGCCAGAAAUUACCAUUUUAAUCUGUCAAAUAUUUGUAAGUGUAUCAGAAACACAAUGUAUGGAAUAAAUUUUAUUUCCUAUUAUUUAUAUUCUUUUAUGCUUUAUUUGGUGUGUAAAGUUAAGUGUACAGACAAAAAAUUGUAUGUAUUAUAUUUUUAAUAAAAUUGACUUAGACUGUGUUUCCGAUAUUACACAUUUAUAAACCAUAAUUACAAUUUAAUAUAUUUUUUCCUUGACCGAAAUCGUUCGUUAAUGACCCCUAUUCAUAUGCAUCAUUUUUCUAAUAUCAACGAGAAAUUAAGCUGUCUUACUCCUGGACAUUUAAAAUUAUUGAAAUCUUAAAGAUGGGACAAUUUAAAAAUGUUUAUUUUAACUGAACAACAAUUUGUAACUUGUUAUUAUGUUGAUUUGAAUAUUAAGAGAGUAAAUUCGCAGAAGUGUUUUGCCAUAAUCCGCCUCAAAUCCAGUUAUUAUUACAGAACACAGUAUUUUGUUAUUAAUUUAAUAAUCUUGCUAUUGAAUUACUUUUUAUCGCCAAGCAUUUGUGGCAAUUUACUCUCUCUUAAUAGUCUAAGAACCGGUCAUAUAAAAUCAAAGGAACAGAUUAUUAUAAGCUGGAUUGAAUUUUUGUUAUAGAAUAUUAAUAAUUGUUAAACACCACCAACAUUAGUGUACCUUGGUUUUACCCACCCUUCAAAACAACACAUUUCCUGUACAAUUUUUAAGUUUGUUGAAGCAGUAUUCUACCAAGAUUAGUGACAGUUGAAAACACUCUGAAUAACCUCACGUGCGCACAAGUAUGACAAAGCCUCUUUUUUAUUAAAUUGAAGGGAAAUCUAUUUUUGUAUUCCUUUAAAAUCGAUUAAUCGGUCAUCAUAAUAGGAGGUAACAACAGAAAGAGGUUGCGCCAGACUUGUGCUUACGUGGAGUUAUUCAGCCGCUUGUUUUCAUCUAUAACAAAUUCUCUUUCACUUAGUUUAUAUUUCAUUAUUAUAAAUAUAAAAUACCACUUUAAAAAUCUUAAAAUUCUACCGUAAAUAUAUUUUUAUUUGAAGGAUGUCUCAAACCAUGGCACACCAAUGUUGGUCUGAUGUUUUAACAUAAUAACUCAUACUUUUCUUUUAAUUCGGCCCAUGAUAAUCGGCUCUGUCCAUAAUGUACAAAUUAACAUGCAUGUGGUUUAUGAUGCCGAUGGACUCCAGUCCUGUUAAAAUGAACUCUAAACAUUAAGUGAUGUUUUGGCAAUUGACAGUAAAACAACAAUUUAUAGUUUAAAUUAGGAAUUAAACUCAAAAUCGAUACCACAAAAUAUUUAUUCAAAUUAAAUAUCAUGACUAGUUUCUGCCUAUAUGGCCAUCUUCAGGUCUACAAUACAAAAUAACAAAUGGGUAGUAACUAUGUAACAUUAAAAAAGGUUAUUUACAGAAAAAAAUUCAAACAAUGUAAAUAUUAUUAUCCAAAUCCAUAUGGUAGUACAAGGUUAGAUGAAUGUGGUUAUUUUUAUUUUAAAAAUUAUAAAAGUUUAAAAUAAAAACUUUGGAUGUGGGAAUUUUUUCAGUAAUUUUUAAAAAGUAAAUAACAAAUUUGUGUUCUUAAUAAACAUGAUAGCGAGAUGCAUCAAAUGUCAUGACAUUUAAUUUAAAUAAAUAUUUUGUGGCAUUGAUUUUAAGCUUCAUUACUAAUUCACUAUUGACCAGAAAAUGGAUAUUCAAUUUACAAUUUUCCUCACGCAUAUGCAAAUUUGGGUCUUGAAAUUUCUGGUAGUGAACCAACAUAUACAUCGCUAUAAUCAAACGUACAAAUAUCAUUAGUUUUAGUUUACAAUUGUCUUAGUUUUUCGAAAUUUUGUACAGAUUCCGUUGUUAAGAAAUAUUCAGAGUAAUAUUUUAUUAUGAUAUAAUGUAAAAAUUCAAAACAAUUAGUCAUAUUUAAAACAACUGAUUUUGUAAAUUAAAAUUUACUACUUCCGAAUAAUAAAAAGACACUUAUUGGGAUGAUAUUUAAAAAUCCCAUUUGAACUCAAUUGCUUAAACAAUCACUUGGAAGUUUUUUUUAUUUUUUGGGCUCUAGGUAAAAUGUGUUAAAGUUGGG